AUGAACCCGCCAUCAUGGUUCGGUGAGCUGACCGGCUACUUUGUAUACACGCUCUUCGUUGCGACCCUGGGCCCUCUGCUGUUUGGCUUCCAUCUGUCUGAGCUCAACGCGCCUGAAGAUGUCAUCCGCUGCAAGAAGAGGUCGAUCGCCGCGUCCCAUCUCACCACGACCGCUGCCCCCAACCUGCCACAAUGCAUCGAGAUGACACCCACCCAGUGGGGCAUCGUAGGCUCCAUGUACACCCUCGGAGGGCUCAUCGGCGCCUUGUCAGCAGCACCCCUCGCCAGCAGAUACGGGCGUCUGCGGGCAAUGCACAUCACGACGCUGUUCUUCACCAUCGGCCCCGUGUUGGAAGCCCUGUCGGCCAGCAUCGCCGUCAUGGCCUUUGGCAGACUCGUGUCUGGCGUCGGCGCAGGAGCAGCCGUGGUCAUCGUGCCCCUGUACAUCUCGGAGAUGGCACCGCCUGCCAACAAGGGCUUCUUUGGCGCCUUCACUCAAAUCAUGUGCAACGUGGGCAUCUUGCUCACCCAACUGUUGGGAUACUUCCUGAGCCACGACUCGUACUGGAGGGUCAUCUUGGCUGUCGGCGGCAUCAUCGGUCUUGCCCAAGCCCUCGGCUUGCUCUUGUCCGCAGAGAGCCCCAAGUACCAGGCGGAGAAGGGCAACCUUGCGCUUGCCAAGAGCACGCUGAGGAGGAUCAGAGGCGAGCACGCCGACAUCGACGGCGAGAUGAGCGACUGGGGCCUGGACGGGUCCAACGUGAGCGAGGAGGAGCAGACUCUCCUGGCCAACGAAGGAGGUUCGCCACAGCCUGCCUCCAAGUCGUCUGGUGACCAAGCUUCUCUGACCAUAAUGCAAGUCUUGCGCCACCCAGACUACAAGAAAGCGGCUACUGCUGUCAUCAUGGUCAUGCUGGCGCAGCAGUUCAGCGGCAUCAAUAGCAUCGUCAUGUACGGCGUGUCGCUGCUAGCAGGCCUACUCGAGUCCAACUCUGCCUUGCUCAACCUUGCCGUGUCUGCAGUCAACAUUGUCAUCACAGCGGGAGGCGCGCCCCUCCCAGACAAGUUCGGACGCAAGCCAUGUCUCCUCGGCUCCAUUGCUGGCAUGGGCAUCAGCGCUCUCCUUCUUGCCAUUGGCAUCAUGAAGUCGGUGCCUGUGCUCUCAGCGCUCGCUGUCCUCUUCUUCGUUUCCAGCUUCGCCCUGGGUCUGGGGCCAGUGCCAUUCAUUCUGGCCAGCGAGCUCGUGGGCCCAGAAGCCGUAGACGCAACGCAAAGUAUUGCACUUGGUGCGAACUGGAUCGCAACCUUCCUCGUGGCACAGUUCUUCCCACUCCUGAGCGCACAGCUGGGCGGCAAGGUCUAUCUCAUAUUUGCAGCACUUUCUGCCUUCUUCUUUGGCUUCCUCUUGUGGUAUGUGCCGGAGACCAAGGGCAAGAAGAGCGCGGACGAGGUCUGGGGCAGGGAGCGCAGGGUGGAUUGA